AUGGACGCACUCAAAUCCCUCGUGCAGCCCCUCGUCGGCGGCGGCGGAGGCUCCGUCAUUGACGGCAUGAAGCUCGUCGUCCUCGGUGGCACCGUCGAGACCGCGCGACGGAUGGCAAGCUCUGGCUGGUGCAGCUUCUCGCUGACACAUCCACCCACAGCCUUCUUCCUGACAGCCCACUUCUCCGAAGAGGACUACCCGUACGAUUGGCUGAUGCUCUGGCUCUCGCGCCGGCCAGAAUGGCAGCGGUCGCGCGAGUUUGAGACGACGACGCGGACGACGAGCCACGGUUGGGGCUCGGGUGUCGCGGACAACUCGUUCGGCGAUGAGGAGGAGGAAAGCGAAGACGCGCCCGGCCGCGUCAAGACGCGCGUCGUCUUCCAGCCUACGACGAACACGACCCACACGAUCUAUUACAAGGGCCACUGGCUCCGUGUCAAGCGUGGACGCAAGCACGAUACGGGCUGCGACAUGCUCUCUGUCUCCGUCGUCGCGCGGAACAACUCGAUCUUGAAGCAGCUCGUGCUCCAGGCGAAGAAGGAGUACGAGGCGGAGGCAGUCCACCGCAUACAGAUCUACUUCGCGGACUCGCACGGGUGCUGGCGCUGGACGGACUCGCGGCAUAAGCGGCCGAUGUCGUCCAUUGUGCUGAACCAGGGUGUCAAGGAGAUGCUUCUCGCAGACACGAAGGACUUCCUGAAGUCCGAGAAGUGGUACGCUGACCGCGGUAUCCCGUUCCGACGCGGGUACCUGUUGUACGGUGUGCCCGGCUCUGGGAAGAGCUCACUCAUCCAUGCGAUCGCAGGAGAGCUGAUGCUGGACAUCUACGUCGUGUCCUUGUCUUCGUCCUGGAUCAAUGACAGCACACUCACGACGCUGAUGGGCCGCGUCCCGGCGCGGUGCAUAGUAUUGCUCGAAGACCUCGAUGCGGCCUUCACGCGAAGCACAUCACGAGAUGACGCGUCUACAGGUAACCCUGAGGGAGAGAAGAGUACGACGACAGAGCCAGAAACACACACCCGUCACAGUAGCCGGCGGCAUAAGGAGCAGCUGUCGGACAUCAACACGCUUUCGCUGAGUGGUCUGCUGAAUGCCCUCGACGGUGUCGCCGCCUCCGAAGGGCGUAUAUUGUUCGCCACCACUAACCACCUGGAACGCCUCGACCCUGCGCUCUCGCGGCCGGGUCGCAUGGAUGUCUGGGUUGAGUUCAAGAACGCGUCGAAGUGGCAGGCUGAGCUGCUCUUCCGCAACUUCUUCCCGUCGACGGACGAGGACGACGUUGUGAUCGAGGGCGAGCUUGAGGAUAUUGAGUUGCCUAUGCCACCUUCCCCUUCAGCGCAGUCGUCUUCGGGCUUCUCGUCGCUGUUCUCGUCGGGCUCGAUGCCAUCGACUCCGGUGACUUCUUCAGCGUCGAUAUCCACGCCGCCGACGCCCGAGGGCAAGGCCACCGGCAAGGCGAGGACGCCGUCCAUCGAUAAUAGUCUGAGGAAUCAGGCGUACCUGCCACCACCCGUCGACGAUGAUAUUGCGCAACACUCGGCGAAGCCCCUCGACGGUAAGACGCUGGCAAAGCUGGCCAAGACAUUCGCGGAUGCGAUCCCGGACGAGGAAUUCAGCGUAGCCGCGCUGCAGGGCUAUCUGCUGAAGAACAAGUCGCGUCCAGAGUCGGCGGCGACGGAGGCGGCGGCGUGGGUGGUGAGCGAGCGGGAGAUGAGGGAGCGGUUGAGGAAGGAGCGCGAGGCGAGGGAGCUCAAGGAAAAGCUCGAGCGCGAGAAACGGCGCAAGGAGCUCCUCGUCAAGGAGAAGAAGGAGGCCGAGCUCAAGAAGAAGGAAGAGGAAGAGGUCCAGCGUCGCCUCAUAGAGGAGAAGAUUCGCGCAGAAGAGCGCGCGCGUCUCGAAGCGGAGAAGCUCCUCGCAGAGGCGGUGGCGGAGGAGGACGCUGACAAGGAGAACGACUCCCCUGCGGACGACGCCGACGCGAACGGCAGCGAGGAUGACAAGGACGAGGCAACGCACGAGGAGCCCUCGUCCCCCGUGGAGGUCCCCACGUCCAUGGAGGGCACGCAGAUCUGGGUCACGGUCGACUCGAACGGGACGCACGCGCAGGCUUCAGAUUGA